AGAUGGGUCACUGGGCUGAAGGGUUCCCGCGGGGAGGUUGAAAAACCACCUCUUCGGCAGUGUCGCUUCUUAGUUGUUAUGGUAGAUGACGGAAGUUGGUUGUGGUGCGGUAAGUGACAAGCUUGGAAGAACGUCUUGUACCAGUAAACCGGCAAUACGUAUUAAGCCUGGUAUCAUGCAGACCCCACGACUGACGACCACUACUGCUUCCUCCGCGAUCUUUCUCGUCAUCUGCUGGAUACUCCUGGCAGGUAUUCAUGGUGGUCACGCCGGUACCUACGACCAAUCCACGGGCAACACUUCGCUAAGUCUCAAAGAAGACCAGCGACAAGCCUUCAGAGGACCACACUUGGGAAGCAUUGCCCUGCUGGGUGCUGUCACACUCGGUGCGUUCGGCCUUCUUUACCCCAUCGUCUCUGGCUUACCAGCGAUCAGCGAAAGGACGCUCUUCUCGAAAGGCUUGUCAGGAAUGUCUGAACUGCUCAUGACCCGAGUGGACAAAGGUCUGGAGAAGUUUCCGACGAUUCCGAGCUUGGACCCCCAAGAAUGUAUGAAACGCAGUGUCUGCGAGGCCCACAACCAACCCAACAAGUUCGGCCUUGUUGGUCUUGCUCUGCAGCUUCUGUAUCCGCCCUACUCUGCCCCGGAUGAACCGACCACCGUAGUCUCCAAGUACCAGCUGGCCGCCAGGUACGGUCGACAAGAGGACGCCGACUGUUCUCGUCAGUACGACGGUUGUAUCAUCAGCCCCCUGGACAUUUUACAGACCAUUGUGAGCUACUUCCUACGGUAGCCCUCCCUAGCGCACCACAAGAACCCGCGGGGCUCAUUCUCUGAUCACGGUGCAAGGGGUAGGAUCCAAGGCACAUCCUUCCAUCAGAAGACAUGCCCUCUGUCGUUGAGGCCUUGUUCUACCUCUGUCUCUACUCCUCAGUGGUGAAAGUAUUAUUUAUGCUGUUAUGACGGUUUGAGUGAUGUUGUACAGGUUGCGCGAAAGCCCACCGCUGGCUCGAUGACUCGGUGUCUUCAACGUGACCUCGCCCAGUAUGCCAACCUGAACGAAAUACUUUGCUCAGCGGUCGUGCCAGUUGUUAUCUAUUGUGAUUCGUGCCAAAAAACAGCAUUCGCGAAGCAGUUUUUUGGUGGUGUGACUGUUGCGAGACGAAUAAAUACUAUAAAUAAAUACUCUCGUGC